AUGGAAAUGGUAUGUUUUAUUUGCGGUUGCGCAAAAACAAAACAGCUGUUAUUGAUUGUUACUUACAUCGAACGUGUAAAUGGAUUAAUUAAUACGUUCAUCAAUUUUGAGAAGGCAAGGGAUUUAUUGGGUUAUUUUCUGUCGGUCACACGUGACCUUUACAGUUUUUACGUACAUAUUCGGAUUUGCACCUGCUGCGCAAUAUUGUUUAAUAUAAAGCAAGAAAAAGGCCGAUGGAAAUCGAAAGAUGUGCAAGAGGCGCCGGGUCCCCUUAACAAUAAAUUGGAGGUGUACGCUGUCGCUAUAAAAAUAGUUACAGGUUCGUGGGAAUUAAUAAUGGAUAAAGAGUCCAGAGAUAAACCGUUAAUGGAACGAAGCUCAUGUUCUACGACUCUUGUAAGGAACAAGCACAUCGACAAGUUGAUGCUCCUUCGUAAUGGAAAUUGUGUCGAGUUCAAUCGUGAUAUAUCUACUAACACGAUAAGUUAAAUAUGUAAUCUCCAUUGAAUGAGAGAUUUGUAUAUUUACAAGAUGCUAAUACAUGUACCUGUGUAGAAACACGAGCAUGUGAGACAUUGUUAGACACGUAUCUCGUUCUGUUUGAUGGGUGCACCGUAGUAUGUAAACGAUGACGUCGCUAACAAAGUUACACAAAGAUUGUCAAAAAAAAUUUGUAUCCUGAUAAUUAAAUGAUUAUCCUAUUCGUCAUCUGGAAGCGUUUAUUUCAAAAGUGAACCACACACCGAGAAAUGUAACUUCCCUACAUACCAAAAGGCAGAUUGAAAGAGAAGUCCUCGCAGGGAUGAUAGAAGCGUAGUUCCUCUUAACCCUUCAGUGGUGACGCACGGUCUCUCAGACCGACGAAAAGUAUUUUUCAAAUUUUUAUAAAAACGAUGCAGCGCAUGGCACUGCUAGUUCUGCUAGCUUAAUAUUUUGCGUGUCUGAGACCAGACGAACAACUUGAUGAAGCAAGCCGUUCUUUGACAAUUUAGUGCCGUGAGUAAUUGGCCGCUUUCCGGUGCAUUGAUGCUACGAAAAUUCUAGUCAGCGCAGCAUUGCAACGCGCAUCCCCCCAUAAGCUUAGUAUUGUGUAUAAUUCAAUUUAGUUAUGUUCAGUGGCGGUCCCAGGGGGCCCGGCCCCCCCCCCCUAUUGUUCAUUUUUUUCAUCA